CGGCGCAAGCGCGGAGGCUGGGGCGGUUGGCCGGCCCGCCAUUGCGCAUGUGUAUCAACUACACGGGUGGGUGCCGGCCAGGAGGCGUUCGAGUAACAGAGAGGGUGAGGUCGCUGAGCUGGCCGGCGCCUCGGGUCUUCUGGGGCCGCGAAGGCGCCACACCUGUUCAGAUGGAGCAGCGUGCUAGUCACCCUAACAGAAAAGCCAAAGAGGAAAGUAAUGCUGUGCCUCUUCGUCGAGCCAAACCCUCCCCUAGCUUUAUUAAUCUUCAAGCAAGUUCCCCACUGGCCACAUUCCUGAACGUCCGGACAGCAAAGCUGCCCUCAGGAUCUCUUCUGUGCCCCUUGCACCUCUGUUGCUCUCCCUUCAGGAGUCGACCCCAAGCCCAAGGAAUGCCUGGGACUUCUGGAACGUAUGUAUGCCAAUCUCCAUCUUCAGACCCAGCUCGCCCAACAACAGAUGGCUAUUUUGGAAAAUUUACAAGCAUCUAUGACACAUCUGGCUCCUGGGAGGGGAAGCAAGAACUCUGCCCUCCCGGCCUUACCCCGUAAUCUGUUGCAAAAUCGCUUCCCCCCAUCCAGUAAAUGACUUGUGGAACA